AUGUCCAAUUACGACCUGGCAACCACCGCAACCAGCUUGCUGACUAUAGACUCGUCUGUGUGCGAUUCUUCGUUGCCCGAUCAAAGUCUUCAGGUCAUCGAUGAUGGACUUCAGGAAUGGAUCGCCUUUAAAGCGGACAUCUUUAAAGAUGACAAUCAGACAAACAAAUCGAAGCCAAAGUAUUCCAGCGCACCAAGGCAAGACCGAUUUCGAAAUCGUGCGGUCGGCCUCAAGAGUCUCUCCACAAAUAUUGCAUCAACAAACCGUGCCAAGUUUCUCGUUGGUUUCAAUCGCAUCGAUAACAUUGUCGCUGUGACCUACCUCGAAGAAAGUCGCCUGGUAACGCAUGACAGACCAAAUUCGUUAGCCACUUCGCUACGAAUCGAAGACCUUCUUGAGCUGGACAAGGAUCUAUCGCUUAUCUGUCCUGAGGUGUCAGGCCACUUUACUCCAGUACGGCAUUACAUCGAUGAGCUCCAGGCUACGACCAACUCCCGAAUUUACUUUAUCAAGUACCUCUUUGGACUGACGAGUGCAAUCGACGAGGCAGCCAUUGAGACUGCUAUCACCGAGUACCUCUACGCGGUGGUCAACUUGUGUGGAUUCAAACUGGCCAAGCUGAUGCUUUUCGAGCGACACCUCCUUGACGACUGUGAGGAGAACCUUCAACACCUGCAGUUGCAGGGCUACGAAAAUUUGGUCGAAAAGGCAAAGCGCGACCUGGAGGGCAUUUUGCUGCUUCGAAAGAAGGCCGCCAAUCUGCUUAAUGUUAUUGAGCUGUACAAACUGGAGGACAAAACGGUACUUGAAUAUCGGCAGGCGCUUUCAGAGCUCUUUCUCUUUCAGCUAAAGCCCUUCAUUACGAUGCGGGAGAUUGCGUUCGAGGCAAUGGAAACAGCACAGAUGGUUCUUGAAGCUCGAGAUUUCGGCCAAAGAGUGAAGGCGGAGGCUUCUGAGCAGCUGGAAAAGAGUUCAUCGGAGUACCUUACUUCCACGUCAGCUAUUCAUCAGAUUUACCUCGACUACUACAGGCAAAAUGUGGAGCUUGUUGCUGGGCAAAUCAGCAGGACACUGGAGGACCAGAAGAAGUACGGCGGUAAAGCGGCUUUCAAGCUGAAGGGCGCCGCUGAUAGGCUGCAAGUGCUGCAGAUUGUGAAAUCGCAAGAGAACGUCAAAUACCUCAAUUGUCGACACUCAAUGGUAGAGAGUCGCCUCAGUAAUCUGCAACUGACGACGAGCAUUCUGAGUGUCAACUCGGCUAACUUUGAUGGGCAGAACAUUGAAGCGAGCAACUCCAACUAUGAAGAGAUUCGUCUGGAGACCUCAAUUGAGCUGCUCGACGUGAAGGCGGCCAUUCUCAAAGAGGAAGCCAUCCUCUGGAAGCUGCAGUUGGCCAGACUGUCGGCAGAGCUGGCGGAUGCCACUUCGGAGGAGCCCAGCGAGUUCUACGACGCCGUCCAGAAUCCCGAAGAACUGCCUGACGUAGAGCGGCAGCUGAACGACGAGAACACUGACCUGAGAACGAGAAUUGCGAUUCUGAAGCACAAGCUGGUUAUCAAUGGCCAGCGACAGGCGAAAAUCCGUACCAGAAAGCUUCGACUAAUUGAACAGAGACUCAAUAGACGCGAAGUGAAUGGCAAGGCGAAUGACCAUUCUUCACCGAAGGGUGGGAAAACCGCUUUGCGAAGAUCUAAUUCAGUUUCCUCACUGUCUUCCACCUCUUCUUACAAGUCUGUGAAAUCGAAAAACACCACUACAUCAACAGCUGUUUCUUCGCCAGUGGGCGAUCAAAAGUUUAACCGUUUUCGUCGUGAGACAUUGAAUCGCUUAAGAAAGUUCAAAAUGCGCGAGAUUAUGGAGUCGGAAGAUGCGGAGGAAAGUAGUGAGGUCGUUGAGGAAGAGGUGACCGGUACUUCCAAUCAAACAGAGGGGAAUAACAGUGCUCUUCCGACUUCGGUACCACAGCAACUUCCAACAGUGGCACCUGCAGUCACUAGUGUGGCACCGCCGCCUCCACCGCCUCCACCAACACCACCGCCCCCUCCUCCUCCAUCAACUUCUUCCGGACCUUCUUUUGGUGCUUCUCCGCCCCCUCCCCCUCCUCCUCCCCCACCUGGUGCUCUUUUUGCCUCUCCUCUUUCAGCUGGUGGUGCAUCUUCACUUGCUGACAUGAUUGCCGCAAAGAAAUCGAACCUUAACAAGGGCCCUGCAUCACAGGGCAACUCAAAGGGCGGCAGUGGUGGCAAUGGUGGUCCAGUGAUGCUUGACCUCAAUGAAAUACUGAAGAUGCGAACCAAGCUGCGCUCUGUGAAGGACACACCGCCCCCAAAAGAGCAACUGCCGGUGUCUGAGGCCAGUCUCGCCAACAGUCUUCUCCGGUCAACACUGAUGUCUAUUCGAAAUGUCGCCGCCAAGUCAGACAGUGAGAGUAGCGACGACGACGAUGAUGAUGAUGAUAAUGGUCGGGAUCAUUCUGGAGGCAAUUUUAGCGACUUUGAUGUCUAG